AUGCCUGGCAAACACGUCCGCCGUCCCAGAUCAAAACCGCCGCCACUGAUAAUGAGGUACAUUCCACCGUCGGAGGCCCUGCUGGACCACACACCCACAGCCCCCACCGCCGAUGAUCCGCACCAGCGCGUCAUCGGAAAGAUUGACAGGUCAGCGCUUACACUGUACCUGCAGAUCCUCGCCAGCAGUGACUACCUCAUGCCAAAUGCCGCCUCUGACACGGGUCACCCACCUCAGGACAGCAUCACGAAAAGCCCUGGGUCGAAACCUGCCAGAACCAGGAUGCUGGGCGACAGGAUGCGACUGACAGGUAAACGACAAACCAUCGAGUAUUUCGACGGGCCUGGGCACGAUGAGUCGAGGCUCUCGGAGGAGGUCUGUUUCAAUCGAGCUCUAGCCAAUGGGGUGUCGGAAGUUGUGCGCGACGCACUGCUUAAACGAGAGCUCUCAUUGGCUGAUUUUCGGCCUCUCAAGGCACCCUUUGUGCCCAACAUCCUGAAGGCGCUGGUCAACUUCAUUGAGGCCGACUGCAGAAAGCUGGGCUGGGGUAGUGUCUUCACCUCCCACCCUCAUCUUCGUGAGACUGCUGAGUUGCACGCGUGUCUCCUGAUUCAGAACUGGAACCAUCGCCAUCACGCCAAGCGGCAGAUCGCUGCUCUUUCGUUGCCAAUGAAAGUCGCCACCCUGCGAACUCUUCUCGGCGGUUUUAAGCAAAAACCGCUGCAUUUCAACAAAAAGGUUCUCCAAGAGGUGAUUAAACGGCCCCUGUUUGACCAGUUCCUGAGGCCGAACCCUGACAUCAAGUCGCUGGUUCGACACACAGCUCUACCCUGCAACAGAACAACAAUGGACACUCUGGCCUUCAUGAUGUUUCACCUACAGCACGCUUGGGAGUGUGGAAACAAUCCAAUAGUGGCAAAGAUUAAACUAGCAAAGCUUUAUGGCCCCCUUUUGGUUAGUUUUUCUGAACGACCGGUAAUUAUCGAUCAAGAUCCUACAGACUACAAAACGGAAGAAGCAGCGAUUCUAGAGGUCGUGUUGGAGGUCUGUAACAAGCAAUUCUGGGAUAACUUGAGCAUGCUCAAGAUGCACCUGGCCUUCGUUUCACCGACGACUCCAGAGGACGGUCGACCAGAUGCAGUUAAGGGCGGCCAGACUCAUGAAAAAUACCACGGUUUGGAUACGUCCGAAGGGGUCUGCACAAAGACACCCAGCGAAGCCUCGGAUUACGAGAACGAGGCGUGGUUCUCCUACCUCUUCCCACUGACCCUCAUCAAACCACCACCGCCACCACCAAAAACACCUCCAGUUGUAAUGCCCUGGGGAAACAGCAUCUUUGCCGACUGUCGGGUUCUGCCGAAACCGAUUUUGGAGCGUGAAGAGACAGUGGAAGAGCGAAUGCAGCGCUACAUGAAAAUGAUUGGUUUGUACAUGAAGGGCACCAUGAAGGACUGGAGGCCACCCCCUCAACAGGACCUCCUCGUCGACGAACACCACCCCAAGCGACUCAACAACCUCGACGUGAGGAACAUCUACUGCAGGAAGGAGCUGCGCUCUACCCCGGCCAUCCUCCACGACGUGCUGUACAUGUCGCGGGUGCAAAUACCAGUCAACGCGAGGACAAAAUUCUACCAAUCGAUUCCGGGCAAGGUUGGAAGCCUCCAAAUGCUCUGCUCCUUGAAGAAAAGCAAGCCGAUGGAGAUCGACAACGACGACAGCGUUGUUAGCGAGAACAUCGAGUCUCUUCAUAAAACGAGCGCGGUAUCUAACCCAAACGCUCCUCCUGUAUAA